AUGGAGCCCCAAAGCAGACCACGCCGUUACGACCUUGCAUAUAUACUCAACAGCGAGCCUAGCCUCGGUAGCAGUCGGAGAAUCCACCAAGACCCCUGUGUUCUCGUCCAAAGUGCAGACGCUGUCGACAGUGCCGUUACUGGCGAAGAACGCAGGUAUCAAUCGCUUGCAUCGAGCAGGGAGACGGACAGCUAUGAUCUGUCCCACAAAUUGUAUCUAAGGAAGCAGCCAUCUCUGCCUGCUCAUUGUCCAUCUCCGCUUGCGCCUGUACCUGUUCACGAGAGAGACACGUCUAACCAAGACCAUCGAGUAGCGCAUCCUAUUCAAACCCCACCUUUGUCAUAUCACAACCUACCCGUACAUAAUCAGAUACCGGAUAGUAUGGGGUGUGUCACUAUUGAUCCUUCUACAGUAGCUUCUGAGGCUCACCAACAGAGAGCACAAUCAUCUCAAUUUUCAUUGUUAGCUAUCCCAACUGCUGCGUUGCUAAGAUCAUCGCUAUCUUGGCAUAAACCAGCAGCAAGUUCCCUAAAAACUGAGAAGCAGAAGAUGUUAGAUGGAGAGCCUUUUAUGCCCUACAGUUUUCAGUUAGUUGAGGAUCGAAGGCAAUGCGCAGCUGUACUACACCGCCUCAACAACACCGUCGGUGUGGUACCCGAGGCUGCGCAACGUAUGCGCGAGCGCUAUUUCAGAGCGGUUGUAGAGGCAGCGUGGACUCAGCCUCGUUACAGAGACAAUCUGGUCAGUAGUCGGCUUGGUAGUAGUAUACACAUUGCUACACCGUUUCACUGUGACUAUGGCUACAACACAAAAAGUUACCUGCUUACAGAAAGCGGAAGCUGA